UGUGAUUUUUCAUUAUCCGCUAAGUUCCAAAAUUACAACAAAAUGCCAGAUAAACUACUCAUUAAUACUCUGAAAUCCUUCAACGAAUUAACAGAUGAGAAUCAGAAAAGGUGCAAGGAAAUCUUCGAAAGGCCACUCCCUCUUAAACUGCAAAGCAAUAAGUACAUAAAGUUCACAAAUGAUAUCCUCAAAGAGUUCCCGAAUGAAACUGAAGAGAAAGCAUGCUUCUUGACUUUCCAAAUAAUAUCUUUGGAUAUCAAUUACAGCGUUCUGAUAUUUAGUCUGUGUGGCGUAUUCGAAUGUUUCCAUUUCGUUUUGUAUGCCAGUGUAUUAGAAGAUGCAAAAGUACCAGGAAAAGAGCAAUUUGUCAGUGAUGUUUUAAACAAUUUAAUUAAAACUGAGAUACCCAAACUCAAGCAGUUCAGCAUAAAAAUUAUUUUACUUCAAAACCAUUUGAUCAACCAGAAUUUCGUCAAGAUUCUCUCGGAUAUGAAGCAGAGCAUCUGCGAAGAUUUUUUAUUUAUUGCUGAUUCUGGAUACUGGCGUUACUCUAAUUUACAUAAUCCUUAUGCUCAAAAUGCCAGUUUUGCGAUCUUAAAUACAUCGAUUUCAGCGGAGAAUACUGAAGGUCUCUUCAAUAAAUACAGGAAAACAGCUGAGAACAAGAAUCUUAACUAUCUAAGGCAGUUUGUAAAUGAUUACUAUAAGCUAUCCCUCGUACUGUUGGCUGGCAAACCAUCUUUUAGUCUGCACCUUUGUACCUUGGAGCGAUUGGAUAAUUGAGUUGAUAAUCUGCAGUCACAUCAAGGCAUUUAAGGAGCACAGGGUUAUUUUGGCCAGUUUUUAGUUGCCUCCUAAUAAGAAUAACAUUUCGAUUGUGUGAAUCUAAAUAAAUAUGCUCGUGUGUCGGUGUUCUGUUCAAGGCGUAAACAAAAACAUGUGCAAAAGGCCAAAACUUCAAUCAAGUGAAAUGGAAAUUGAAAAUGUACAUUGGAAAAACAUGUGGGAAUACGCAAAUCAAAUUGUUUGGCCAAGAGAGAAAUAACGCAGGCGGCAGGUCAUGCGGAUGGAACAUAUGUAUGCUUCCCGGAAUUGCCAAAAUUCCGCAAUUGCGGCUCCACUGGGGCUCGUUGUUUUCAGACUAUGUGGGUGUCGUCUGUUUAGUUUUUUGGGAAAACUAAUUUGAUUUUAAUAAACUUGUUGCUUGGAUAAAUGGCAGCUAUUGCUCGGCGUGGAAGGUGAUAACUCAUGGCGCCUUCGCCGUCUGUGUUUAACUUUUAAAUUACUUGUUGUUUUACUUUUUUGUGGGUAAUUUAUUCGGCUGCCCUUUCAUUGAUUGACUUGACUUUUAUGUGGAUUUUUAUAGGCGUUGCAUUGACGUGUGUAUGGGCAGAAAAGCCGAAAAAAUCCCCAAAAAUGUAUACAGUUUCGGAGUUUAUGACUCUGCAAGAAAUACGCCUUUAUGUUCACUCAGUCACACAC